CCGUGGACGCGUUUCUGAAGCUGCGCGUAUCCGCCGCGUCCUGCGCGCACGCUCUGAGCCCAAGCCCCGCCCGCAGCUAAUUCACAAAAGACUCGCCGCCGUGCCGACCCAUCCUAUUGGCUGCGUCCGGAGCCACAGGAAGCGGCACGCAGCUCGCUCAUUGGCUGUAAAUCUCUUUGUGUGCGGUGCAGCUGGCGUCCGGGCUCCGUUUUGAAUGGUCUUGUAUUGGAAGGCGAAGGUGUCCAUGGGCAGCACACCAACAAAGGAGCCAGGAUGGUGUUAGUCCACGUCGGAUAUCUGGUUCUUCCCGUCUUCGGUUCCGUGAGAAGUAGAGGAGCACAUUUUAGCAGGCACCAGCAUACUCAUGCUACCUCCUGCCGGCAUUUUCACCUGGCUGCUACAGCGACGCCCCUGCCUGCCGAGUUCCCACCCCCUCCCCUCGCCCCGCCUCAGUACCAGGAAGUCCCGCCCCCUUUCCUACCUCAGGCCUUACAGCAGCAAUACCUCAUCCAGCAACAGUUACUGCAGCGCAGACGUACACAGGAGAGGGUCCCGCUGAACACAAACAGGUUACGCCCAGGAUAUGAAUAUGUCCCGCCUCUUCACGUACCACAGCCAAUCCCACAGCAGCCCAGAUAUCUGGCGGAAGGCACAGACUGGGAUCUGAGUGUGGAUGCAGGUAUUCCUCAUCAGUACCCACUGCAGCAGAUUCCUCAGCCGUACCAGCAUUACCUGGCAUCCCCCAGAAUGCAUCACAUCCCCAGGAGCAACGGAUCGACACAUGUGGUUGUUCAUGAGAUAAGGAACUAUCCGUAUCCACAGCUCCACCUGCUGGCGCUCCAGAGCUUGAGUCCCGGUCGACACUCUUCUGCUGUUCGAGAGAGCUACGAGGAACUGCUGCAGUUAGAAGAUCGAUUGGGAAGCGUGAGUCGAGGGGCCGUGCAGACCACCAUAGAGAGAUUCACCUUCCCUCACAAAUACAAGAAGCGGAAGCCUGUGGAUGUGAAGAUCUGUGAGGUUGAGGAAGAGUCUGAUGUAGAUGAGAAAUGCACCAUCUGCCUCUCCAUGCUGGAGGAUGCAGAAGAUGUCAGGCGGUUACCCUGUAUGCAUUUAUUCCAUCAGGGAUGUGUGGAUCAGUGGUUGGCCACCAGUCGGAAGUGUCCCAUCUGCAGAGUGGACAUCCAAACACAACUCGCGACCGAGAGCUGAAACAUGAGCAAAUAACUCCCAUCCUGAGAGCUGGAACGCAAGCUCUUCUUUUGCUCUUAUUAAACAAACACAUCAGCAUAUAUCUCAAACAGAUAUCGAUCUAAACCCGCGCUUACAGGGUUGCCAUCCACACACACUCUGUAUAUUACCUACACGCAUGCAUAUGUGUGAAAAUCAUACACCCCACUAAAACUUCACCCAAUGAGCCAUCCAAUACGCACUAAACACACACACGCUUUACUGAGCCAAUGACAAUAACCGACACUAAACACACACACACAUGCUGGUAGAGCUGAAGGGUCUGUUGCGAGGAGUGGCGUGUGUGUUCGUAGCAUACGUGUGUGUAUUUGUGCAAUUCCUUAAGCCAUGAACUUUACUAAAGACCCUCAGCUUGCAUACAAUACACACACACACACGGAGUAAUGACACACACAUACACGUAUGUACACAACCGAGCUCUUGGCGGAUGAGACACUGUCAAAUCUUGCUGCUGGAGUGUGUGUGUGUCGCUGUAUUUCUGAUCUGCAAUACUGCUUUAGUCUUAAACACUGGAGCUAUUUCAGCAUUGUUUGUGUGCCCGUAUGUACGCUUGAGCCUCGUUUUGGUACGUGUGUAUUAUGUGUGUGUGUUAUUAUUUUAUUGGUCAUGGACGGGCCCAGACGGAACCUGCGGGUGUUUUUUUUACAUUCUCUGUUUUAUUUUCCGUUCACAGAAAAACGAAACCUGAGAAAUGUGUUAAACGGAGCUGAGCGGAACCACACUUAUCGGUAGCAUUUAGAGUGAAUAUUUAAUAGUAAUAGUUAAACUGCAUGGGGUUAAUGGAUAUUUAGAACUUUGUGAACGAGUGACAUUACAUGUUUUUUCAGAAAUCUGCGAUUUAGUGUCAGAAAUAUUUGCCCUAUUUUUACUUUUACGGCGAUAUAUUUUCAGACAUUUUUAAUAUUUUAUGCUUCCAAAUCUUUCUUUUUAUCAUUUUGUUAAAGUCCCAGUGAAAUUGAAAAUGACAAUUCUUAUUUUUUCAUAUAUUUUACAAAUAUUGGAGCGUUUAUUGUUAAAAGCUUAUCAAUGUGGGUGAUUUCCUUUUUAAAAUUCACGUACCCUCGUAAACUGCAGUUAAAAUCUAAAAAUGCACUGAAAUGAAGAUCCGUAAAGUAAAGAGCUGGGGUGGAGCAUCCGCUAACCCCUCCCCUUUAUUUCAAAAUCAAAGCAUCCAAUCAAUUUGCGGUAAAAAACGCAAGCCGCGGCAGCUUAUUUUCACCUUUGAAAUUCCUUUCCACUCGGAAAUGUCGGAAUACGGAAGUAAAAAUGAUCAACUUCCGGUUCACUGGGACUUUAAAUUGUCUCUCCAACUGGCCCUAGAAUACAACGUUAAGAAAUAUAUACGGUUUUACAAAUAAGAAAGUUUUCGAAGGUCUCAAUUUCUGACGCUGCUGCAGAGUUCCGUGUGGGCCGGUCGCUGGGUUCGCUGUGCACGAAGGUGCAUGUAGAAAAGCCAAAAAACACAACACAUACUCAAAACAAAAAAACCUUCAAUUAGUCAUUUCAAAGACAGCAGGAGGAUGGCUGUUGUCUUCUAAGACGCUCCAGGCAUACGUAGGAUGAGAAUGUUGUGAUCGAUAGAUUCGUGUAGAUAGGCGCAGUCGUAGUUGCAUGCAUCUGUGCUUCGGCCAUUGUUUUAAAGGUACACCUGGAAGUGUGGGUGCGUGCGUGUGUGGUAUUGCAUGAAUGUGUAUUAGCUCCUUUAAGCUGUGACGAUCUGUAUCAUUAUCAGACUCAUGUAGCUUGUGCGCGAGUGCGUCGCUGUGUGCGAGAGACCCUGCCAUGACCUUUGACCCUAAAUGCCUACUGAAAAAAGCACAUGUGAGCAUAGCUGAAGUGCCCGGCCUCACUCUGGUGCUGCGCUGCCAUGGUUACUGUAUUUAUUAUUGGUAUUUAAAACGUGCAGUGUUGGGAAGGGGGCGGGGCUUGUGCGUGUCCAACCGUGUUUUUUUGUGUCACUGGUCUGCCCUCGUGGUUGCUAUGCUGUAUUGCUAGAACAACAAUGUAGAAUGUUGUGUGAUAGAGGACCAUCCGCCAACAGCACGUGAGCAUGGCGGGACGGUUCGCAACCACGGAAAUGGCCAUCGCAGUUUUAAAGGUCUAAUUUCGUUCCUUGAGAAGUUAAAGUGAAUGUACACUUGUAUUAUUUCUAUUCCUUUUCCUUGAUUUUAUGCGUAGUUAAUUUACUCCGGGGUUCAAAUUCACAGCCACAAAUUCACAAACUUCCAGCCAUAAUUUCAAAUGUAGCAAAUGCUAUUUUGUUUUUCAACCAAUCGGCUGCGGCCUUCGUCCCGUGUGUUGGCCCCCUCCCCCAGUGUUCCGUGUGCUGAUUGGCAGAUGUUGGCUCACGUUGAUCGUUUACACAGGGUUAUGUCCGUUGAAAUGCCUUAAGUAUUUAACAAUCAUAAUUUAUUACUAACUGUAGAUAUCGUGGGUGCGUAUUUAAUUUUGUAUAGUUUCAUUCUUUUGCAAUGGAAUCAUAUUUUAUUUAUUUAGAAAUAACACAAAAUGAUUAAAACUCUUACCUCAUGUUUGAGUUGGUUUGCGGGAAUGCUUCGCAUGCGGUUGGUCGUGUUCGUGUGUGUAUCUCCCUUUGGUGCUGUGACCUUACUGACAUUCCGCUUGCUGAUUGGUCAGACACGGCAGCGGAGUGGGAGUAUUCGGGGUUUUGAUUCGCUGUCCUGUUUGCACUUAGUUUUUCGAGGCCACCCUCUCACUGGCAUCAUUUUAACCACUCUGGCAACACAAUCUCUGUCUCUCUCUCUCUCUCUCUCUCUUUGUGUAAGUCUUUCUUACAUUAUUAAUGUUUACAUGAUCUUUCUCAUCUAUGCUAGUUUUUAACUUUUAAUGUUAACAUCCACAAUCUUUUUGCUCUUGCACUCUUUUCUCUAGUUUUUAUCUGCUUCGUCUUUCUUAAACUGUUAAUGUUAACAUUCUGUCACUGAAAAAUUCACAAUCUCUGUGAUUUUGUACCAAAACCUAAUGAGCUGACUUUUAAAACGGCUUCCUAAAUAAAAUAGUCUCAAAGUACAUGCGUUGAAAAAAGCACUCUUCGCCAUAUUGGAUGCAUUUAAUCACUGAUCUUGUUGCAAUGCCUUAUGGGAUUGUCUUCUCCAUGCUGCCUUGGAAGUUGUCCAAAUGUAAGAUGUUCUUAAGAAAGUUAACCAUGGUUUUAUCAUGGUAAAACUGUAGUAACCGAUUUGGUGGAUUGAUUACCAUUUGCAUAACACCUGUUUUACUUCAAAUGGUUAAACUAUGGUUACUGUGGCUUAUUUUCGUAAAGGAUUCACUAGGUUCCCUUGUGCCCAUAUCUUUUUAAUUCACUUCAUCUCAUCUCUCUUUUUCUGUCUCCAGGGCAUGUGAAAUCUAUUCAUCAUUUCUCACUUUCCAAAUGUCUUUCUCUCAAUCUCUCUCUUUCUCCCUGUCUGAGGAUCGAUCUCUUAACCCUCGCAGGACAGGGUCAGGACUAACAGAGUAUGACAAAGCACAACAGAUUUAAAAUGCAUGUUUUCUCAGGUUUGAAUAUAUACACGACUUAAUAGAAAUAUACAGCUACAUAGAGAAAAUAAAGUUACUAGUGCAGAUGUUUUACUAACGGUAUUAGAGAAUUGAGUUUUUGCUGCUGCUUGCAUUUGAAAAAAACGAAAACGACAAAAAAAUGACUUAAAUACUAAAGUUGUCCUACAAGUGCCAGUGACAGGGGUGCCGCGUGCCGUGGGUGUUUUUCACUAGAGGAUUUUCUAGCAGAAUAUAGACUAUUUAUCAUUCAUAUUAAAGCAAUAGCGCCUCCUGCUGGUGUGACUGCUAGUACGUAUAACUGGUCGAGUAUAAAAAAAGCGUCUGUGUAAAAUGUUAGAUUUCUCUUUUGGUGGAAUUUUUGUACCUUAUUUAUUACUACUACUAAUGAUGAAUUUAAAAGUGGCAUCGCUAAAAUGUAUUUUGGGUUUCGUUUCGUUUUCAUUUGGUUUAAUUUCAAAGCUUGUACAUUAUCCUUUUUGUAUGUGCUCAUUUUGUAAUAAAAAUUGUUAAAAUG